UGUUCCAUUUAAAUAAUUAUUUAUUUCAACAUAAUUAAGAAAGUUAACCAUUGGCAAAAGCAGUGUUAAUAGCAGAGAGAGACAGAAGAAACAAGAACAGAACAGUGUGUGUAAGCAAAGGAGAGAGAGGAAACAAAUAAGUCAAUAAAGGUUGAAAAAAAGAAAGAGAGAAUAGGAUUAGUUUUGCUCCUCCUCCUCCUCCUCCUCCUCCUCCUCCUCCUCACUCUGCAAUCACACCAAUUCAUAUCCACUUGUUUUUAUCCUUCUCUUUCUCUCUCUCUCUCUCUCUCUCUACUCAACUCAAUCAUUCUCUCUUCUCUCUCUCUUUCUUUUAGUAAAGCAAGCACACAGCUUUCCUCUCUUAGUCUAGUCUCUAGAUCUCUCCUUCCACAGUCACUUGCUUCUGAUUCGAUGUCAAGACUCGGAAUUUACAUGGGUUUUGUCUAAAGAUCGUUUUUUUUUUUUUUAAAAAGGGUUCUUGGAGAAGAUGGAGCUCCACACGAAUCAGAAUUCCGGUGUUUCGGACUCGACCCUUCAGCUUAAUUCCGGUGAUAAACACUCGAUUCCUUUCGUCGGAGCUAUGUCAACGACGACGAGUUCCACCUCUAAUUCAACUAGCACAAGCUCAGGAACCGCUCUCGCCGUUGUUAAACCCGCCGCCAAAAAGCCUUCUAAAGAUCGGCACACUAAAGUCGACGGCCGUGGACGGCGAAUCCGUAUGCCGGCGAUGUGCGCCGCUAGAGUUUUCCAGUUGACGAGAGAGUUAGGUCAUAAAUCCGAUGGUGAAACCAUCGAGUGGCUUCUCCAACAAGCCGAGCCAGCUAUCAUCGCUUCAACGGGUACCGGUACGAUUCCGGCGAAUUUCUCGACGCUUAACGCUUCUUUGCGCGGUGGUGGCUCUACCCUCUUCGCUCAGCCGUCAAAGUCUGCUUCUUCGCCACUCUCCUCGUUUCAUACCACCGGAAUGUCUCUGUAUGAGGAUAGUAACGGUACUAACAACGGAUCAUCAUCGGUUGAUCCUUCUAGGAAGUUGCUUAAUUCAGCAGCAGCCGCUCAGAACGCGGCGGCUGUUUUCGGGUUUCAUCAUCAGAUGUAUCCGCCGAUCAUGUCGACGGAGAGAGCUCCGAGUAAUUUAGUGAAGUCUUAUAGAGAAGAUUACUUCAAGGAGCCGAGUGGUUCUGGAGCUGAACCAAGUGGGAGUUCUCAGAAACAAGGUCAGUUUCAGGAUCAAGAAUUAGGUCAGGGGGGUCGUGCUGCUGCGACGGCUAAUGUGGUGCCGCAACCUAUGUGGGCGGUUGCGCCUGGGACUACUAAUGGAGGAAGUGCGUUCUGGAUGCUUCCGAUGAGUGGUUCGGGUGGGAGGGAGCAGAUGCAGCAGCAGCCUGGUCACCAGAUGUGGGCGUUUAAUCCAGGGAAUUAUCCGGCUGGGUCAGGACGAGUUGUAACUGCACCAAUGGGGUCAAUGAUGUUGGGAGGUCAACAGCUAGGAUUAGGAGUGGCGGAGAGCAACAUGGCGGCUGCAAUGCGUGGUGGUAGUAGAGGCGAUGGUUUGGCCAUGACUCUGGAUCAACAUCAGCAUCAGCAUCAGCAUCAAGAGCCGAACCAAACUCAAGCUAGUGAAAAUGGUGGUGAUGAUAAAAAGUGAUAAGACCACCUCAUGGGUCAUUCUGAUGAUCGACCACACUCGCGUUUUAAAGAUUCGCGAUCUGCGGUUUUGUGGUUAGCAACUCCAGUCUUAAAACAUGUUUUGGCAGUUGAAUGCUACCAUGCCUGAAUGACAAAGAUGUGGUUUCUAAGCUUUUGAACAUAUUUGUUACAUCAUUUGUGGGGUUUUUUUUUGUGUGUGUGUGUUUGUGGAUUUCAUCUUUUCUUUUGAUUGUGAGCUUUUGAUUAAUAGAUAUGUGAAUAUGUUGAUCUUUCUUGAAUUUUGGGAGAUCUUUCUACGA